UGCUUUGAGGUAAGCACUUCGGCACUGACGUAAUUCGUGGAUUACUCUUUGAUUAUUCCUUUGCGUUCUCCUGCAGCAAGUGGGUCGGCUCGGCAUUAGCAGGUGUGAAGGUUGUAGUCUGGAAGCUGGUUAAUCAGGUUGUCUGUCUGCCUGUGGUGCAUGGUUAGAGUUUGUCUCAUUCAAACUACAGAGGGUAAGCUUACCUUACCUUCCCCCCUUAAUAUUGUCCUCCUGUCCUUAUAUCACCACCUGGAAGCCAUCCACCCUCGCAACAUGGCAGAGGCCCCAGCAUCCACCUCCUCUGAGGAAGGUCUGCCUGUGCAGUGGAAACUUUCCAAUCGACGCAACAGGAAGCCAGGAUGCUCCAACAUCUUUACAGGGGUCAACCUGCAGCAGCUGCACAGGCUGUUCAGAACAGCAGGAGACAGAGACGCUGAACAUCGGGCGAAGCUAGUGUGGCGAGGGAUGGAUGCAGAUAUCGAGGGAGCAGAGGAGGUGAAGGAGGAGGAAGGGGAGGAGAAACAGGACGAGGCAGGGCUGGCCCAUGCCUUGGUGGGGCUCCGAGUCCGAGCAAGGAAUAAAGCAGGUAUCAGAGUGGUUGGACACAGAGACCACAGUUGGCUCAGAGGAUCAGGAUAUCUCAGGAUUGAGGAGCCAUUAUCCAGCUACACUGUUGAGGAUGAAGAGCAUAACAUACCACCCAGUCCGGAAGAAUUUUUACUAGCAACUGUGAAAGACAUCCCAGAGAACCAAAAUCCCUUCAAACCCUCCUCAUGGCGGUUGGAUUUGGCAAGACAGGAGUGUGCCAGACACUCUGAGCGCUACCUUCACCGCAUCCUCCACUAAAAACAGACUUGGAUGUGGAACAAUAAAAGAUGCAAUUAAGCUGUCUGCAUGAAAGGACAUACUGUAUUACUACUGUUAGCAAUUUCUGCUAACAUGUAGUCUACAUGUAAGACCCCAGCAUAGAGAAUACCAGUGAACUAUAACUAUUACUCCAACUAUAGGAAAUUCAAAUGCAUAUCUGUUCCCACACAUGGCUUUUGCAGGAGACGGACAAGAACAGGCUGUUGGGUAAGGCCUGAAAGGAAUUUCCGAUGUAUGAGUACACGCAUUUUUGAAGGAGAACCAGGGACACAGGCUAGCUGGACAGCUGGCCAGAGAACUUGUGAUACUGUAUAUUAUCAUGGUAAAUGGGGGAGGAUAUUGUGACACUGCAAUAAGUGUAAAAUUUUCAAAAGUACUUUUAACAGCAUGUCUAGCAUAAGAUGUUUUAAAAAUGCCAUCAAUCACAUUCUUUUAAACUCUGUAUUAGCUGGUUUUCUGGUCACUUUGUGGCAGUGGAAAAAAGCGGUAAACAGAAAACUGACUUUAAAGUUAUGGCGAACUUGUUACCGAACGGUUACACAUCCAGCAGAUACACAGCAACAUUAUCAUUCAUUCAAAAUUGUGCUUCUGGCCACCCGGUAAAUGUACAUCCAAUAUUCACACUCCUUUUAGCUGUUUAUUAUCUCUACCACCUGAGGGAAAUAUCUGGCUCUUGCUCUGCUAAGUGCUCCACUAUGUUCAUCAGCUAGUUACUAACUGUGUCCACUAUUUGGCACUGAGCAGGUAGUGUACAGUGGGUUUUAGAGCUUUUUCACUGAAAACAGCUGCAUGCUGAAAACCAAAACAGUGAAAUUGCUGUAAAAUCAAAACAAUGAGCUGAAUGAGACUAAAAUGCUCUAUAAAGCUGAGGAGAACUAAAGAGUGACAUUUCUCUGUAGGUUCAUCACUACAAGCAGCUCCUUUUACAUUACACAUGGUCAUUUGAUCCAUUUUUAAUAAAAUUAAUUAAAGCAGCUUUAAAGACAUGAUUUGAUGGACCAUUAACACAUAAUUGUCAAACUAUCACAGUUCCAAAAUGCCCCGCAGUUGUAAUUCACAAUUCCAUUGUGUGUUUUUGCCGUCUCUUGUAUCGUUUUAUGUUAUGUCUCAUUAAUGUCUGUCCAUGUUCUUAUUUUCAUACCCUUUAUUCGAGUGUAUCCCUCCCUUCAACAGGAUGUUAUCCUCUUGGUAGGCUGUGGUUGUAAAUUCAAAUUUUGUUCUUAACUAACUUGCCUGGUUAAAUAAAAAAUAAAAUAAAAUUAUACCCAGUGUACAUCAACAGAAUACAAUAAUGCACUGGAGAUCUGUGA